CUUUGUGUAAUCCUAAAAUUCUACGGCAAAGAAAAAAGACAAGGGCCUUGACUCGGCUCGGCGGGAUACUCUGCUGGGUUGCAGGGAACAUCUGACAUCAUCGAUGGCCCUCAUUUGGUAAGCUCCCCACCUGGCUCAGCUUCUGGACCAUCGAAGAAGGCUGCAAGUGCGACAGAGAACGGUCUUAGACGCCACAGACCACCAUGAUAUUGCUAUCCUAUUUAUCGGCAGUCAGAGGGCACGGUGUGUUUUUUCUUUUGCUGAAACCCGUCGGGACUGUUGCUCGGGACCCCUCUCUCAUCACUCAGUAGGUGGGCGUAUAGAUCUCCCGCCCAUGAAAUACAUUCCCGGCCCGGCUACGAACCUAUGACCCCUCCCGCCGUGGUGGAUGGCUCAAGUUCCUUUGCGUGCUCCCGUGCGUCGUCGGCAUAUCUCUUCAAGAUAUAGCUAUACUCGCGGAAGCGGACAGAUACAGUACAUGCGCUGUGUGUGGGAGAUAGUGGAAGAUAGGUAGUUUUGCUUACCAUUGCAGCUGCCUUUUUCCAGGACCACCCUAGACCAACCCCACCAGACUAGUGCCAAAUGACAACGAAGUUCCAGUUCCAGUUCCAGCGUUUAAACCGCCGCUGGACCCGUCCAGGAUUCUCACUUUUCCCCAUUGCUGGCGAUCUCAGAGGGAAGCAUUUCCCAUUUUCUUGUUUUCUUCCCGUCCACCACCAAUCAACGACGUUUUCCCAGACGUCUUCCCCCGCGCAACACCGACGUCUGGUUCCAAUUGACGAACGACAGACACACGUAUCCGAGACAGUCACCAACAUUACGAUUUCGUGGUUGCGCCACGACAACGCGGCCGAAAUGGCUUUCGCCGCGUGCUCGUGGCCCAUAUGGCGGACCGACGAUUUUACACAAUGCUUCAAGCAGGACUAUCUUAGUGUCUUGCUGCCCUUAAUCGUAAUAGGAAUCUCGUUUCUCCAGCUCGCUCUGCACAACACUUUCCGCGCCGUCAGGUUAAAACGAAGCCGAGGAUACGACCCUCUCACCAAUGGCAUCACUCCGAUUUCGCCUCCGAACCACACAGACCUCCCGGUCGAUGAAGAGCCAACACUCGAAAGCGACGACGAUGAGGGUCUGGUCAUCAAUGGCGGCCGGCUUGCGCUGGUCAAAACCACAACCAAGGGAUCCAUCGUGCAAGCUGAUACACCACCCGGGCAGACUCUCUCUGUGGUCGUGGAGGAGCUUGCUAUUGCAGGCCUGGUCGCUGUCAAUGUGAUCGGAUUGUUGUACGACGUCGAGGUCAAGAACGGCCUGGCUGGUAUUGCUGGCCUGACUGUCUGGGUCUAUGUCCUGCUCCUUGCAACUCUCCGACUUUUCCUGGGAAAUACCCAAUGGCGGGUCCCGAGGUUGUGGAAUCACACGGCCGCCAUCUACAGCUGCCAGUGGCUCUUCGCCCUGGUUCUCUUCCGAUCAGUCUUGAUUCACACGGUCUCUCAGAUGACGCAGGUUCUGGUGAUGACCGAGUUUGCCUUGACCUCUGUUCUUUUUGGUAUGGCUAUCAGCACCCGGAAGGGCAACAAAACGGUGCUUCUGGAGUGGGAAGAUGGCAUUCCGCCCGGUCGUGAAAACCUGGCUUCGCUGUUCUCGCACUACACCUUCUCCUGGGUCGACUCGAUCGUGUGGGAUGGCUGGAGAGAACCACUAGAGCUCAAACGAGUCUGGAAUCUGCUUCCUAGGGACAAGGCCGCUACUAUUCUCGCUGCUUAUCGCCAAGCCAAGAAGACCACCUCGCUGGCCUUCCAUUUGGUCAAGUUCUUCAAGGGGAUGCUUUUUGCCCAGGCUGCCUGGGCCAUCGUGUCUGGUGUCUUCACGUUUGCGCCCACUCUCCUUCUCAAGGCCAUUUUGGAAUACGUCGAGAAUCCAACCGAAGCACCCAGGAACGUCCUGUGGCUCUAUGUUAUUUUACUUCCUGUCACGGACAUCAUCCGGUCUGUUGGAGAUGCGCAGGCCUUGUGGAUUGGCCGCAAGAUUUGCAUCAACAUUCGAGCUAUCCUGGUCGGCGAGAUUUAUGCCAAGGCAUUGCGGAGAAAGGCAGCUGCGGGCAAAGACUCCGCGCUUGGGGCUGACAAGAAGAAGGACGAGACCCCAAAGAAGGACGGCAUCAUCUCCAAGGCCAAGAGGCUGUUGGGGCUCGGGAAGAAGGAAAGCCAGGCUACCGCAAACGAGGAGGCUGAUGCUUCCAAGAAGGACGCCAAGGCUGCCGACGCUGACGAGCAGGCCAACAACGGCACCAUCAUCAACUUGAUGUCGGUUGACAGUUUCAAGGUGUCUGAGGUCACGGCCUACUUGCACUUCCUGGUCGCGUCUGCUCCUACUCAGCUGAUCGUGUCCAUUCUUCUUCUCUACCAGGUCAUGGGUCUAAGUGCCAUCCCGGGCUUCAUUGUCAUGGCUCUGCUUCUCCCAGUCAACAUUGCCUUCGGCAAGGGCUUCAACAAGACCCAGAAGAAGAUUAUGAGCGCCACCGACAAGCGUAUCCAUACGACCAACGAGGUCCUACAAAAUAUCCGCAUCAUCAAGUACUUUGCCUGGGAGCAUCGUUUCGCCAAGAUCGUUGACGAGAAGAGGAAAGCUGAGCUACAGGCUUUGCGCAAGAGGUUCAUGCUUUGGGCUGCUGCGGUGGCCGUCUGGAACACCGUUCCCAUCUUGAUCACUUUCUUCUCGUUCUUUGUCUACACCGUCAUUGAGAAGAAGCCUUUGUAUCCCUCCGUCGCCUUUACCGCCAUUUCUCUGUUCAUGCUUCUCCGGUACCCCCUCGAUCAGCUUGGUGACAUGAUCGCCCACGUUCAGGAGUCCAAAGUCUCUAUUGAUCGUAUUGAGGAGUUUCUCUCCGAGGAGGAGACUGAGAAGUUUGAGCAGCUGGGUGAAGACAACAUUGACGAGAACGGAGAGAGAGCCAUCGGCUUCAGAAACGCCACUUUCAUCUGGGGUAGCAAGUCCACUGUACAAGACGAUGGAUCUAUGGCGUUCCGCCUGCUCGACCUCGAUGUUGACUUUAAGAUUGGCAAGCUCAAUGUCAUCACCGGGCCUACGGGCUGUGGCAAGACUUCGCUGUUGAUGGCCUUGCUUGGCGAGAUGACCAUCAUGAAUGGCCGUGUUCUUCUUCCCGGUGGUCGCAGCCGUGAAGACGUUCGUCCGGAUCCCGAAACCGGUCUUGCUGAGACAUGCGCCUACGUCGCCCAGCAGGCUUGGCUUGUGAACGCUAGCAUCAAGGAGAACAUUCUCUUCUCUGCCCCAUUCGAUGAGGAGAGAUAUCGCGACGUUAUUGUGGCCUGUGCCUUGGAACACGACCUGGAGAUCCUCGACAACGGCGAUGAGACUUUGGUGGGCGAGAAGGGCAUCACCCUUUCGGGCGGUCAGAAACAGCGUAUCUCGCUUGCCCGUGCCGUCUACUCGAACUCGAAGCACCUGCUUUUGGAUGACUGUCUGAGCGCUGUUGAUUCUCAUACUGCCCAGUGGAUCUUUACCAACUGCAUCAUGGGACCUCUGAUGGCACAUCGCACCUGCAUUCUUGUCUCACACAACAUCCCUCUCUGCGUCCCGCCUGCCGACUUUGUCUUGACCAUGAGCAACGGCCGUGUCACAGGCCAGGGUACCCCCAAGGAGCUGAUCGAAGCGGGCAAGCUGGGAGAAGAUGCUAUUCCCAAGUCUACCGCAGGAUCUGCCCACGUGUCUCGUGUUCCCUCUCGUGUCCCAUCCAGUGUCGGAGAGGAGAGUGGCGAUACCCUGCUUAACGAAGCUGACAGAAGCUCACAAAAGAGCAAGCCAAAGUCGCCCAAGAAGGAGCCCAAGAAGCAGGAUGCCCUGGAAGAGACCAAGGCUGUUGGUGCGGUCAAGUGGCCUGUGAUGAAGCUGUACCUUGGUUCCAUGGGUGGCUGGGGUUUCUGGCUCUUGGCUGGCCUUGUCUUCUCGGCACAACAACUUUCCGGUGUUGCUUCCAACCUGUGGAUCAAGGAAUGGGCUAACCAGUACACCCUCAACGAGACCGCUUCCGCUAGGUUCAGCAUGAACUCUUACAGCUACUCAGCCCAGACCUUGUCGCCGACGUAUUUUGCUUCGAUUGCUAACUACGUCAAGGGCGAUAGCACGACGUUCUCGGCUACCGACAAUAAGGAUGUUAAUGUCCUUUACUACUUAACUGUGCUGGCACUGAUUGGAGGUGCUGGUGCUUGUGCGGCGCUUGUGAGGGAUCUUUGGAUCUUCUUUGGCUCUCUGACUGCCUCCUGGAAGCUUCAUGAUCGUUUGAUGAAGGCGGUGACCGGAGCAAGGUUCAAGUUCUUUGAUGUUACCCCUCUGGGUCAGAUCAUGAACCGAUUCAGCAAGGAUCUGGAAGCUGUGGAUCAGGAAGUGGCUCCUAUCGCUAUUGGCGUCAUGGCUUGUCUUCUCGGUAUUACUGUCACUGUUGUUUUGAUUGCCUACAUCACCCCAGCGUUCUUGAUUCCGGGAGUGUUUAUCACGGCUGCCUACGUUUUCCUCGGCCAGUUCUACCUCCACUCAUCGCGGGACCUGAAGCGUUUGGAAUCCGUCGAAAGAAGCCCGCUGUUCCAGCAGUUUGGAGAGACACUGAGCGGUGUCACAACUAUUCGGGCCUACGGUGACGAGCGCCGCUUCAUCAGAGACAACCUUGCCAGAAUCAACAAGCAGUUGCGUCCAUUCAUCUAUCUUUGGGCCGCUAACAGAUGGCUCGCCUUCAGAACUGAUCUGUUGGGCGACUUUGUUGCAUUCUUCGCCGGUGUAUUUGUUAUCAUCAGCCUUGGCAAGGUCGAUCCAGGGUCUGCUGGUAUCUCGCUGAGCUAUGCUAUUGGUUUUGCUGACAAUAUCCUUUGGCUGGUGCGUCUUUAUGCUAUGAACGAGCAAAACAUGAACUCAGUCGAGCGUAUCAAGGAGUACCUGGAUGUGGAGCAGGAAGCCGAGGCCAUCGUGGAGAAGAACCGCCCAGACAAGAACUGGCCCGCUCAGGGGUCCGUCGAGUUCAUCAACUAUUCCACUCGGUACCGCAAGGAGCUGGAUCCCGUUCUGCGCAACCUCACGUUCAAGAUCGAAGCGCGUGAGAAGAUUGGCAUUGUCGGAAGAACCGGAGCUGGCAAGAGUUCACUCACACUGGCCAUCUUCCGCGCCUUGGAAGCCGAUGAGGGUAAAAUCUUGAUUGACGGUGUGGACAUUGGUCAGGUUGGUUUGCGCGAUCUGCGUGAGGGUAUCACCAUUGUGCCCCAGGAGCCCACACUCUUUAUGGGAACCAUUCGAACCAACUUGGAUCCGUUUGACUCGUACACUGAUACCGAGAUCUUUGCUGCCCUCCGCCGUGUACAGCUCAUCGGCCCUGACGAAAUGGCUCUUGGUUCUGCACCUAUCCCUCCCGCCACGACCGCCGUCGAGUCUAUCGCUGCUUCUGAGGAGCCAUCACGGCCGCCCACGGCCACGAACAAGAACAUCUUCCUGGAUCUCUCCUCUCCUGUCACCGAGUCGGGCAACAAUCUUUCUCAGGGCCAGCGUCAGCUUCUCUGCCUGGCACGGGCGCUGCUCAAGAACCCCAGCGUGUUGGUCAUGGACGAGGCCACUGCCUCGAUCGACUAUGCCACUGACGCCGCCAUCCAAGGCACGAUUCGUGAGCUUACCAGCACCAUCAUUACGAUUGCCCAUCGCCUGCAAACAAUCGUUGAUUAUGACAAGGUCUUGGUUCUUGACAAGGGUCAGAUCGUCGAAUACGACCAUCCAUACAAGCUCCUGAAGAAGGCCAACGGUACCUUUAGGAGCAUGUGUGAGAUGAGCGGUGAUUUCACCUCGCUGCAGGCUGCUGCCAAGAAGGCAUUUAAGACCACCCAGCUGGUAGAUGUCGAUGAUGAUGAGGAGGAGGUUGUGGCAUCAUCGUCAGGAUCCCAGGCCGGAAGCGGAACCACUGCUACGGCCAACUCAGAGCAACCGGGUGGGUCAACUGCCUAGAAAGCUACUCUGAGGAUGAUAUAUGAGGAAGGAAGAAUAAUUGGGGCGCAAAAGAGGAGGAACACGGCGUGAAAGGUUGGAAGCACAAUAAAAGAAGGGUGUUGGUAACCAUUAUUGGACUGGGAUUGUGUGCAUGCUGUGGUUUUUGCUUUUUUUUCGGAUUUAAGGGUACAAGGAACGUGAGGUGUCUGGAACUCUUGUACAUAAAAGGGGAUAAUUGGUAUUGUCUUGUCGAGCAUCUGUGGACAUGACUAGUCCAGAACAGCGGCAGCAUAACGUUGCAUGAUAGGAUUGGAGGGGGAAGGGAUGGAUGGUAUUGGUAUGGCUUUUUGCUUGCUGGCUGGUCUUGGGGUUGAGACUGUAGGACUAGAGCAUAGCGAGCAUGAUAGAUGUGUAUUUUGCUGUUACAGUCAAGAGAUGCCAGUUACGGUUUGUGCUUGUCCGUCUGUUCGAGUUGCUGAAGGUAUCACGUCUCACUUUGAUUCCACCAAGAGG